UGGGACCUAGGACGGAAAGAAUAUAGAUCAAGAUGGCGGAUGAAAAGCCACAUCUUUCCUUGACAGAUAUAAAGGACGUUCGAGCUUCUCAAAAGAAUCUCCAUUGUGUAUUUAUAGUAUUAGAGAUAGGAAAGCCAAACAAGACAAAGGACGGUCACAAUGUACGCUCCUGUCGUGUCGCCGAUAAAACAGCAUCCAUUAAUGUUUCUAUCUGGGAUGAGUUCGGAGAAUUCUUACAACCAGGGGACAUUCUAAGACUUACAAGAGGAUAUGCAGCAGUGUGGAAAGGCUGUUUGACAUUGUAUACAGGAAGAAAUGGUCACUUAGAGAAGCUCGGAGACUUCUGUAUGGUUUUCUCCGAAAUCCCAAAUAUGAGCGAGCCAAGUAACAUCCAUCAUCUGAAGCAGGGCGAGCAAGGGAGAAAUUCUCCUACAGCUUCCCAGCUUCCAUCAAAUCAGUCCAGUCGUGCCCCUGCUGGCAGUGACGUGACCCCCUCCUCUACCCAGCCGCCGCCAUUUGGCAACACUCAAAGAUUUCACCCCUAUCAGAGACCAGAACAACCUUCACCAAAUAACAAAACAGACCAGUCACGUGACCCAAGAUUACGAGGCAGUAAUGGCAACGGAGGGUCGUCCAAGCCUAGUAAUGCCAGCAGCAAUGAACACUCUCCUCGCAAUAUUAUAAAUAGCAAUAGGGACCCACGGACCCGAAGAUGAUCCAAAAUUAACUAGAGCUCUAUGUAUUAUAUGGAAUUUAGGAUUAGAAUGUGUAGUUUGUUUCUCAAUAGUAUGGUUUAUAGUUUGAGAGUAGAAAGAAGAAACCAUUAAGGCAAAAUAAAAAACACAGAGACAGAACAGUCAUGAGCUAGGCAAUGUGAAGAGACCCCAAAAGUGUAACUAGAUUAUUUGAAUUCUUAAAUGACUUUAUAUGUCCCUUUCGCAACCUGCUGUUAUGCAUCAUAACAUUUUGUAUGUUAUUUUGUAAGUGACCUCCUGUGUGAAUAUAAAUACUCAGCCCUGUA